AUGGAAAAACCUUUUUACGGGCGGACAGGGGCGUUGGAGGACGCACGACAGGGCCUUCCCGUGGCGGGGUCGCGUUUUGCUUCGGCUCGCCCGGGCAAGUGGUUUCCAUCGUUGCUGACGGUGCCGCAGCGUGUGCUCCAUGGCAUUUUAGAGGGGGAUGGUGUCGACUGCAGCAUUUUUCGCUUUCUUGGAGUGGCGUGCGUUUACGAGGAACUACGGAAACGGCACGCGGAUGGCACACGCCAUGGUGCCUUGCUUCGCGACGUCUUGAAUUGGCACCAAGCAUCAUUUGACGAGGUGCGUGAGUGUCGUUGCGCAGCCGCCGAUGUUGCGGACGGUGUAUUCCGGCCGUAUUUGCCGGCGUACAACAUAUGCGUGCUGAAGGAGGGCCAGCUUUUGGUGUCACACGCUGCGGUCUCACGCCGAGCGGUGACGCUUGUUGGCAGGGACCGAGAGGUGAACGACAUCCUCACCGACCACACAAGUUGUUCCGCACAACAUGCCGCGCUGGAGGUGCGAUUUGUGUACGCCCACGCUGAGGCGUUGGACCAGCAGAUAACUGCGUGCAUGGAAGGCAGGGAGAUUGACUGGGGUUCAGCGCAGGACGUUAGCGAGCUCUGCGUUCAUGUGCGUGAGGCGAUGGAGAAGUUAGGCGACGGUGAAGAUGCGUGGCUGAUGGAGCUGCAGGUGCUGGAUCUCGGCUCGACGAACGGCACACGCCUCAACAAUGAGCGGCUCCGGCCUUUUGUUCCCACGACGCUCAUUGAGGGUGACAUUUUGACUUUUGGGUUUUCGACGAGGAGUUAUGUUGUGGUGCGGCCGUAG